AUGUUUUAUUGCGGCAACGUACGUAUUUCUAGGAUCACCAAAGUACCAAACGUCGACGGAGGACACCAAUCCGAGGACGACGGUUACAUGAGCAUGAAUGGCCGGAAGGCGAAAAUGGCGCUGGUAGCAUUACGUCCGGUUCCGGAUUGUCCAGAGCCGCAGGAUCCCGCGGGUGUCUCGACGCAGGAAUUCCCGCCACCCCCGGAGGAGGCCGAACGUAUCAUCUCGACUCUUUUGCCAAUGGUUUCGCCAGGAAACUCGUCAAAGAGGAAUGUCGUGGGCCAGGCUUCAGAGCGACGAAAUAACGUCAGCGGCCGGCAGCAGUGGAUGGUCGCCGUGGAGGAUAGCAUGCGUCACGGGAACGCGGUUACCACACAGACUACUCUCCCGAAAACUCGCCACCAGCGGCCGUACGGCUGGGAGAACGGAACCGUGGAAUCGUUGCGGUUGGCCCAACCACCCAGUCCGCCCAGCAAAUUCGCCAGUUUGCCGUACGAUGGCAAGGUGUCCUUCAACUGGAUUCCGCCGCGUACGAAUCCGAGCGCAGUGGAGAAGCACCGGGAAGUGCGUCGCCGUUCCUCGGAGGACUGCCUGGAGGACGGAAGUAACGGUCGCCAGCGGCAGAGCAGCCCCGAUCGCGCCGGCCAUCACCUGAGGAAGCCGCAACGCCAGCAGAACGAGAUUAUGAAGUCGAGCAGCGUGGAGGACCGUCUGCUGAUGAACCGAUCGGACAAGGAGUCGACGCGACGCAGUCGCAACGACUCGGACUCGAGCGAGGGCCGGUUCUCGAGAAAUUCCGAGUCCGAGAGUCGGUCGUCGAUACCGCGUUCCAGCUCGGUCAGCGUCGAGCGAUUCUCCAUGCGGGCCAACUGCGACUCGUCAGACUUCUCGCGCGCCAACUCCACGUCGAACGAGCGCUUCCACUCGGACUUCUCGAUCGCGGUGGCGAGCGCGAGCUCGAACGAUCACGUUUCCGUGCCGACCUCCGAGCCGUUUUCCAUACGCAAUCUCGACUUCGUUUCGUUCGCGCUGCCGCGCGCGGACUCGAGCGAGCGCUUCUCAGCGCCCACGUCCGACCGUUGUUCCGAGGAGCACUACUCCGACCUGUUCUCCACACGUAAUUCCGACUUCUCCGCGCGAAACUCGGCCGACUUUAGGACGCAAUCCGAGGAGGAGCGCUUUUCCGACGACUCCCUGGAGGAGCUACUGCCACCACCGCCGCCCAUCAGCAAGAGACACUCCAUCGCGUGGGAGGUCUCUCUGGAGGACGAUCCUCUAUACGCGCCCGGCAGCACCAAGGUUGUCGGCAGGAGACGACGAAAGAGCAGUGAUGUGUCAAGUGUAGGUUCCGCAUCCAAGCUGCGCGAUUUUGACGACUGGCAGGAUCAGCGACUGUCGACGACCGACGACGACCUGAUCUCACCGUACUCGGACUCGUCCACGAACGAUCUAGAUCAGAUACGGCCGCAGGAGCUUACGAAAAACGGCACCUACGUCAUACGACGCGGCCGUAAGAAGGAGCGCAAAGUUUUGCCGAAAACGCCGACCAAGACCAAGAGUCUGUCCUUUGAGAACGGCGAGGAAGGGAGCCGAUUGUCGGAUGUGAAGCGAUAUUCGAGUACCUUCGACAACAUCAAGAGCCUGUUAAAGGAGGGUAAGCUGGAGGGUCUCGAUGAGCCGCCGGCGGAAUUCGCGAUCCCGGUGCCGCCACCGGACCUCAUCCGGGUCGUGUCGAUGCCGGCGAUCAACAACGACGCCAGCAAUCGGGCCCAGUUGGAGAUCACCGUGGAAGAAGAGGAGGCGUCCGACAUCUCGGAUAAGGACAAGGAGCACGAAAACAUCGAACUACCUCGGUUACCGCCGUCGCCGAUCGAGGACGAUCAGAUGGGUCUCCGUCUGGACCGAUCGAGAGACUGCAACGGUAUCCCAACGGCGCCUAACUUAGCGGAUCUGGACAUUGGCAGGUCGUCGACGAACAGCGCGCUCGCCGAGACGACAACGAAGAAAAAACUUGCGAGCGCGGUGAGCGACGAGCGACUGGCCUCUAAGAUCCCGGUGAACUUGCUGAUAGAGGAUCAGAUCGUGAAGAAAGCGCUCAAGGAGAAUCGUCGUCAGCUGGAGAAGGUGAGCGACGCGAUCAAGGAGAUCGAGAACGUGAAGAACAGCGAGUCUUUCUGCGAGAGCAAACGCUGGCGGAACGGCGACCUGAAGCAGAGCUCGAAGCGAAAUAGCUUCGAAAGCGAAUUCCCGCUGGUCCACGACGGUCGGAAACCCGUGACGAUCGACGGUAGCUCUUACGACGGCAAGACGCGCGGCAGGCAGCAGCAGCAGCAAUACAGCUCCGACUCCGAGACGUCCAAGGCCAGCUCGGACGCGGACUUCGCGGAUCGGAGGAAACUCAACGGCACCAGCGACGUCGUCUACUCGUCCGGCAGGCGGCUGCGCCAGAAUGGUAUCGAGAACCAUAAGAACGAUCAGAAGCAGAUCGAGAACGUGAUCGACGCCAUUCUGGAGGACUCGAAGAACCCGGAAUUCCAGGUGAGUGUCGACGUGAUGGAGUUCCCGCCGUUGCCGCCCUCGCCCGUCGAGGAAGCUGACGAGGAAAGCUGCUCGGACGUUGGCCAGAGCGCCGUGAUGACGCCACCGAAGUCCAAGAGUCACAGCAGCAGCCGGACCGUGGAGUACAGGCCGAGGGUGCCACCCCAUCGUAUCCCGCCGGUCAUCGACCCGAAGGAGCAGGCUUCCUUGAACACCAGGUCCAUGGACGCCGGCUUUGCCAGGGGAAGACGCACACCGACCACCAAUAAUUCCAGGCGAGAGGUGCCCGUGGAACGGAGAACUCUGCCUACCGAUUUACCAGGGCCAUCCCGCCGACGACCGUUCACGAAAAGGCACUCGCCAUCGGCGGAGGCGUGCUCCUCCGGGGGUAGUAGUACCGGCGGUGGCGGUACCGGCGGGAGCGUCGUUACCGGCACCGGUUCCGGUAUGCAGACGUCGUGUUCUCUACCGGAGACUCCGGUGUUCGCCAGAGGCAGCGACAUUCCCAGAACGCCACAACACGCCGGCAAUCCCACGCAGUCGAGGCGACAACCCGGCUGGUACGCACCCACUACAGCUACCGGCUAUCGACGGAACAAUCCCGGUCUGGAGCAGGCCAUAAUCGGCACUGAGCUUCUCCGGUUGGCGGGGGGCCCAAAUCGCGGAUGGUAUCCCACCAGGAAGGCGAAUCAGCCGCGACCGGCAUCGAUCGAACAUCUCGAGCGGCUGAACAACGCCUAUGACGCGCGACUACCGAGCACCGGAGACCAGAGGAAGCCGCUGACUCUGCCCACGAACAUCACACCCAACAAAUACUUCGGCCAAAGUAAGCACAGCUCCGCCUCCAGCACUCGCGAGGCGCUACGGAGGGUCACUAGCUUGCUCAUCAAGAAAGGAAGCGGUAGCAAAGAUGGGAAGGGCAGCAAAGAUAACAAUUCACCCUCUGGCCCUUAUGCCGGGUGCGCGGACGGCGGCGACGCGCCCAAGAAGAAAGGUUUCUUCAAGGGCUUCUGGAAACGGUCGCGCCACUACUCCCUGGAGAACCAAUAGCCCAGGUGCGCGAGGGUGACGAGCCACCAGCAUCACCAGCGGUACAGGCAGACGCGGCAGCAACGGCAGCGGAGCGGCAUCGCGGCUACCACAACCCUCGCGAGCAACCCCUGCUGCUGUAUCGUCCAGUAACCCCGAUUUGCACGCGUAUAUCGACCGCGACCAUCCUCUCUCAUCUCCCCGACCGAGCAGAGCCCCUUUGCACUCUCGCGUUCCUCUCACGCGCAGAAUUUUCGCGCGCGUGUUUCACCCUCUCCCUUCUAAGUCCGUUAUGAACUAAAAUAAUAUUCUGUGUAUGAUUUAAUAAUUUUGGGAGCCCUCGAGUCUAUAUACAUGCGACAUACACAUCCACAAAUACACUCUCACACACACACACACAUACAAAAAGUACACAAAGUAUAAACUUGCGAAAGAUUAUUCUUCACAUUAUAUCUUGUACCUUUAAAAAAGAGAAAAAAGUGAACUCCAGAGAUCUGUUGUAUGUACAUAGAUUAUAGUGAGAUAAUUGAUCUUUUUGUAUCCGCCCUCAACGGUAUAUAUUAAAACGAAAUCUACCCCUUUUUUUCCUUUCAGAACAAGGUCAGCCGGCAUGAUAUUUCAGGUCCGUCGAAAUAGGGUGAGUCACUGUCGUGUUAUUCGGUUCCCAUUUAUAAUUUUUAUAUCUUUUUCAAAUUUAAUGAUUAAAUCGAUAAAUUUAUCUCAAUACGAUAAAUCGAUUGAUUUAAUCAUUAGCCGACUUUCGGAAGCACUUCCGACAAGGGAAUUUCUCGAUGAUUUUCCACGCGAAAACUUCGAGAGCUCUCACGCGCAAAAUAAUUGGACGCCAGCCUUACUUAUCGUCACUAAUCAGCUCGAGAAUUUUGCGCAACGCCGGGGAAUCUCGAUUUACUUUCGCGGGGGGAAUGUGUCACGGUGUCUGGAACGAGAGUCCGUCUCGUAUCGAAGCGCUUCUUCACGCUGUCUUCGUCACGCUGUCUGUCACGCUGCAUUGGGUUUCCUCGCCACGUGUUAUCACGCGCCUAAAGAGACUCGGCAAGUCGUGACCGCGGCGAUUGGCGUGCGGACAUACGACGGGCUUCUUUCGCCAAUUGACGAAUUCAUCCUAUCGAUCCCUUGGACUAGAUUACUCUUUACAACCGCGCGAUUACUCUUUGAUUACUAAUAGCAAGAUAAAAAUUCUAUCCGAUUUUCAUGAAACUUGGGACUAAUGGAUUUCUUAAGUGUACACCAGAUUUCAAGAUCUCUCGGACUUGACUGGCAUUCUUUAGAACGCAAAAAUUUAUUGCAUUAUUCCAAAUUUAGGGGUCGCCAUAUUGGAUCGGUCAUUUUGAAUUUUGCAAUUUUUACUUUAAAUUCGUGUUCAGCAACCUAAAAAAAACCCUGGUACCGAGUUUUUUAAAGAAAUUCGCCAAUUUAUAAAAGUUUUUGAAAGUUUAAGCCGCCAUAUUGGAUCAGAAUUUUGUAAUUCUGAUCCCAAAUUCGAAUUCCACGAUCCCUAAGCACUAAGUUUCAUGAAAAUCUUGCUGACUGUGAAAAAAUAAAACGAUUUGCGCCAUAUUGCGUCAAUGCUAGUCAAAGGGUUAAUUUUUAAGGAGAAUCGAAUCUUAAACGUUUUUAAUAAGCAGGAUAACUUUACAUGGCGUACCGUUCAAACGGUUCUGACAAUGACAGUUUCGAAAAGUUUCUUAUCGCAAGCGGCCGCAAUAAAACUUUCUUAUCGCCGCGCGAAUACCGCAUUUCGUCGAUUGGCGAGACCGCGUCGCCUUUCGCAACUCGAAUUUUUCCAUCUCACCCUCCUUCUUUUGUAAUCGAAAAGCGCACUCCGCGUUUGUAGAAACGAAACGAGAAAUAUAACGAUAAUAAACGAUUAAAUAUGCAGAGUAUAUAUUUGAGUAUACUCAACUGCGUGCGUGUGUGCGUGUGUGCGUGUGUGUGUGUAUGCGUGUGCGCUGUGCGUGCGUGCGUUGCAUAUGUGUUCCGUGUGCAUGGAUAAGACGAGCGAGAGCGCGAGAGUAAAAGGGAAGAAAGCGAGGAUAUACGGGCGCAAAUGCGACGAGAUGUAAAAGAGGAUAUCAUACCGCGCAUUAUUAUUGAUACGACUGUAAGUUCAUAGAAUCAUUAACACGUUGUAAUGUUAUUAUUAAUGGAACGUGACGUAAUAGAUGCGUACGUUCAGGCGUACAUAUAACACAUACCCACACUCUGACACGCGUUAAUGCUAAGAGGAAUAAUAUUAUUGAUUAACACAUUAUUGCCAAUAAUAUAUGAUUAACUUACGGUUAUAGUUGAUAAUGUAACGAAGAGAGACCCGAGACGAUAAUCGACGAUGAUAGCUACGAUCGUGUAUGUAUUUAAUAGAGUUUUUAAGUCAAUGUGUCGCAUUCAUCCCCCCUCGGAUAUCCGACGAAGACGGCUGCCGGCUGUUAAAAACCGUCGGUCGAAUGCCAAAGAUUCGGUACCCGUUCGGUGCGUCGAGCUCGGGAGAGACUGCAGGAGGGCGGAAACUAUCGACGAACCUUUCGCAAUCGGCGUCUUAUCAUAUACAGGGUGUUUCCUAACAUGUGGGAUCCCACAUUUUAGGAAACACUCUGUGUAUUUGUAAAAUAUUCCUCAUCGAUUUCACAUUCACGCGACCGCGAUCGCGAUGUUUAUAUUGAAAGUGAACGAAAGAAUUGCGUUAUCCUUUCCCGAAGAUUUACGUUUACGAUCGAAUCGUGGACGAAAAGUCUGCUCUUUUUUUCUUUGCAAAUAAUGAUAUCUGGAUGUGAGAGUAAUUUUCAGUGGAAAAAAAAACUUCGGAGGCAAAAGGAUAUUCGACGCCAUGGAAUGUUUCACCGAACGUCGCGCGCAAAGGAUGAUAUUGCUUUUUAUCUCAGAUAUUAUACGUUUAACUUAUUUUUUAAAUGGAGGACUUCGUCAAGUGUAUCUUCUUGCCUCUGACACUCUCGAUUACUCGUUAAAUGUUAGACAAAUUGACAGACGCUUGAAAAAAUAUAAUUUAUCUUACUAAA